UCUAAGAGUCAUGAGAGAAUAUAGGAGUUUGAUUCUGGCAGAAGCGAACCAGCAACGUGGGUCAAGAAUUAACCCGCAGGGAUGCCAGGAUAGCAUCUCCUGAGACAUGUCUCUAAAUUACAUCAAAAACUUCUAUGAAGGAUGUGUUAAACCUCCGACUGUGAUUGGUCAAUUCCACACACUUUUCUUUGGAUCUGUCCGAAUGUUCUUCCUGGGAGUGUUAGGUUUUGCAGUUUAUGGGAACGAGGCUCUGCACUUCAGCUGUGAUCCAGACAAAAGAGACAUAAACCUUUUCUGCUACAAUCAAUUCAGGCCGAUCACUCCACAAGUAUUCUGGGCAUUACAACUAGUGAUUGUCCUGGUUCCUGGAGCUAUUUUCCAUCUUUAUGCUGCAUGUAAAAGCAUCAAUCAAGAAUGUAUUCUUCAAAAGCCCAUCUACACUGUGAUCUACAUCUUCUCAGUUUUAUUAAGAAUUACUCUAGAGGUGAUAGCAUUUUGGCUUCAGAUUCGCCUCUUUGGUUUCCAAGUAAAACCACUUUACUUGUGUGAUGCUGCAUCUCUUGGGAAAAAAAUGACUAUUAUAAAAUGCAUGGUUCCAGAACAUGUUGAAAAGACCAUUUUUCUCAUUGCAAUGUAUACAUUUACUGUAAUCACAGUGGUAUUAUGUGUCGCUGAGGUUUUUGAGAUUGUAUUUAGAAGAUUAUGUUUUCUAAUUAGGCAAUGACAAGGGUUAAUCAUGCCAUAGUUAUGUAUCAUUUUUAUUUAGUUUCAUCUUAUUCAGUGAGUACCUCAAUUUCAAAUAUAAAUAUAUGUUCUUAAAAUUUACUUUGGUGUGUCUGAAAUUUAUGUCUACUAUAAAGUAUAAUACUAAGUUCUAAGAUAGAGAUUGUUGAACAAAUGUUUCAUUCUAUUUUAAUUUUAGCAUCUAUUUUAUUAUAAAAUAUAUAGAAAACUAAGGUCAACUCAUCAACAUUAGUUAAUUAUCUCUUCCCUCACAAACAACAUCUUAGUUGAUCAGAUCAUUUUGUGGCUAAACUUUCAUUAUCUUUUAGCAUACUGAAAAUUAAUGUUUAGAAAUGGUAAUUUAGGUGUUCAAAGUCAUAGAAACUAGAAUCCAGAUCUUCCUAUUUCCCUUUCCUCUGAAUCAUGCAGUUUUAACUUUGAGGAUGUAACUAUUUUUGCAUUCAUAUAAAAUAUAACUUACUGAAACACAAAAGUUAUAAUUAUUGAAGGAGUAAUUCCAUAGUUUGAUCACUAACUUGAAGAAAUGGAGCAAUUACA